CUAAAUAACAGUGUCUGGGGUGGUUCUUCUUCUUCACUUUCAAGCAGAAAGGAACUUAGUCUCAUGCAUUGAUAUAUAUUCUUGUUUGGUCUUGGAGAUAAAAAAGAAAGAGAAGAGAGCGAGCUCUUGUAUAUAUUCUUGUUCUUGCUGUUGUUUUUGCUAAAUAAAACAAAAAUUACUUAUAUAAGCCACCGGCUAUGGCUACAAGAGGACUGGUUUCCUAUUUGAUAUCGGGUUUUUCUCUGGCUGUUCUCUUUGCAAUCGUCUUCACCGACCAAAAUGGUCGAAAUCCAUCAAACUCCACCCUCCUCAGUUCUCUGUACGUGUCAACUACCAGAAAAAUUUGGCCAGAAUUGGAGCUUAAUUGGAGACUAGUGCUGGCUACGGUGAUAGGAUUUCUGGGAUCGGCUUGUGGAACUGUGGGUGGCGUUGGAGGAGGAGGCAUUUUCGUACCUAUGCUUACUUUGAUUGUUGGAUUUGAUACCAAGUCUGCUGCUGCCAUCUCCAAGUGUAUGAUCAUGGGGGCAUCAGCAUCUUCAGUUUGGUACAAUUUGAGAGUGCCCCAUCCAACAAAGGAAGUACCUAUUAUAGACUAUGAUUUGGCUCUUCUAUUCCAGCCCAUGCUCAUGCUUGGCAUCACCAUUGGUGUUUCCUUGAGUGUUGUUUUUCCCUAUUGGCUAAUCACUGUGCUUAUCAUCAUACUCUUCUUAGGCACCUCUUCAAGGUCUGUCUUUAAAGGAAUUGAAAUGUGGAAGGAAGAGACAAUUUUGAAGAAAGAAAUGGCUAAGCAACAUGAAACUAUGGUUAACUCUCGCGGAGAACUUCUGAUUGAUACAAAGUAUGAGCCAUUGAUUCCUAGAGAAGAGAAAUCAGUGUUUCAAAUUCUGUGCUUCAACCUUAAGUGGAAGAGGCUUUUGAUGCUGCUUCUUGUUUGGGUUUCUUUCCUCCUCCUCCAGGUUCUCAAGAAUGAUGUGGCAGUUUGCAGUACAUGGUAUUGGGUGCUCUUUUGUUUACAGUUUCCCAUAGCACUUGCAGUGUUUGGAUCUGAAUCAGUCAAAUUAUACGAAGAACAUAAGAAGAGGAUUAUCACAGGCAACACAGAAUCAAUUUGUGAGGCUUCUAUUGAAUGGACCCCAAUGCAUAUUGCUUUCUGUGCACUCUGUGGUAUCUUAGGAGGCACUGUUGGUGGCCUUCUUGGAUCUGGUGGUGGAUUCAUCCUGGGCCCUCUACUCCUUGAGAUUGGUGUCAUCCCACAGGUUGCCAGUGCAACAGCAACAUUUGUGAUGCUCUUCUCAUCAUCCUUGUCUGUGGUGGAGUUCUAUUUGCUGAAGAGAUUUCCUAUACCCUAUGCUUUGUAUCUUAUGGCUGUGUCUGCUCUGGCUGGCUUCUGGGGACAGUUCUUUGUAAGGAAGCUAAUUACAAUACUUGGAAGAGCUUCAGUGAUUGUUUUCAUCCUCUCUGGUGUCAUCUUUGCUAGUGCUCUCACCAUGGGAGUCAUUGGAAUUGAGAACAGCAUAACAAUGAUAAACAAUGAUGAGUUUAUGGGAUUCUUAGGAUUCUGCAGAAGUCAAUGAUUGUUGGCAAUGCUCCCUAAGUAGCAAAUUUUGUGAAGCUAGAGAUUAAAUAAAGAUGAACAUGGAGGAAAUGGAUUUUCUAGGAAAAUUCAAGAAAAGCACGUGGAUGGUUGGCCAAUACAUAGUUGACCAACCCAAACACAAAAUUUUCUUUGCAAGAAUAAAGGUUGUGAACUGUUGCAUGUUUGUAUAAUGUUUUGAGAGUUAGCUACUGGUUAACACCAUCACUUCUAGAGUGCAUUAUUGCUUUCCUAAGUUCAUUUGUGUUAGCUCCUGGCUAACACCCCCAUUUCUAUAGACUAUAUUGCUUUUCUGCA